AUGCACAUCCUGACCCUCCUCACACUCACACUCACCAUCCUCCCCUCCACCCAAGCAGCAAACCGCGUCUUCCGCGAAAUCGGCAGCACCCCCUGCCAGAAAUGCCUCGCAACCAUCGAAUCCGUCUGCAAGGGCCCCGUCGAAAGCACCCAGUUCAACAACUGCUUCUGCUCCGUCAGCGGCAAAGCCUGGACGAACCUAAAAUCAUGCGUCGGUGACAAAACCACGGAAUGCGACCAGAACAAGGACUCCAUCCUGGGUGCUUAUGGCUCGCACUGCUUCGCGUGGAAGAAGGAUGAGGAGGAGGAGGUUUGCGUGGACAAGAGCCAGGAGGACCCGUUGUUGCUGAAGCUGGCAGAUCAGUUUUGUACCGCUUUCGUGACGCCAACAACGAAACCAACUUCAGCAGCUUCGUCAACCACCACGGGAUCCAGUGGUGAUGCAACUACCGCCUCUACGACUGCUUCACCCACUACGACGGCUUCGGACACGGAUUCGACAUCGACAUCGACAACUGAUAGCGGCCCAACCAUAGCAACUACUGACGUGACAACUCCUGCUCCCACUACUGCUGCUUCGUCCACUUCAGCUGCCCCGGCAUCGACGUCAUCUGGCUCGGCAGGUCAGCUGUCGCCCACUGACAUGGGCCAAGUUAGCUUCAUUUCUCUUCUUCUUAGUCUCGCUCUGCAAAUUUUAUAA